AUGAGUAGACCCACGCUUGAGUCUGCCCGCGACCUGCCGUGCAUCGUGGGUCUAGGCCAGACCCAGGCGUGGGUCUGGCCUAGACCCAGCCGUCACGGCGGGUCUGGCCAGGAUCCCAUGCUGGGUCUAGUCGAGACCUGCGGUGGGUCUAGCCGAGACCCAGCAAGAUCCUCCAUUUCAAUCUCAAGCCUUGCAAAAAAAAAAAAAAAGCAUAGCCUUAAACGCAUAGCAGCGUCCACCUCAAUUACAAACCAAUUUCAGACAUUCUCUUCCACAAUCCCAAAGCACCAUUCUAGAGAUUCCUCCAACAAACCGUCUUCUUCAUCCGCCGGCCGCAACUCAAAAAAUCCCAAUGACCAAUGGAACGACUCAUGGGACAUGGCUUGGCUGCCGGAGGACCUCUCGCCGAAGCACCGGGCUCCCUGUGAGACCGACGUGAAUUUCCCUCCUUGGACCAAGGCGUUUGUGGAGGACAUGAAUGAGAAUUGGAAUCAGAGGAGAGGGUCCAAGGCCAAACAGCAAGAUAAGCAACAGAGGUUGAAGAAGCAGAGGAUUCACACCGGGUUGUGGGUAAAGGAGAUUGAGAAGCAGGAGGAGGCCAAGUUGGGGGAUUCCAUCACGGGCAGCUGGUCCCAAUUUUUUUUGUCUUUUUCCUUGCCACGUCAGUUUGUAAGGCUUUGUAAGUGUAGCAAUUCUCUUACUCAAUAUACAUAUUCUAUGAUAAUUUCAUUGUUUUGUACCAUAUAA